AUAACCGCGGGGAAGCGAGGACAGUGGUGAACUCCGGGUCCGGUGUGGAGGAGCUCAGCGCUUUAUAAUCGGAUUUCAUUAUUAUUUUCACUCCGUCGGUGAAUUCACAGGACAAAGCGCGCGCCUCAUGAAUAUGAAUGAAGCCGAGAUGAUCCAUCUGUAGAGAGGAGGAGGAGUGACCCACCCACCCACAGACUCUCACACUUUCGGCAUCAGUUCGAGACCCUCGCCAGGGUUAGAGGUCCGAGGUUAGAGCUCGGCGUUGUGGAUCUGAUUGACUGACUGACUGUGUUGUUUGUUUCUCCCCCCCCGCCGGUCAGGUGCCCGUGAUGGCAGUGAGAGGGCCGCUGGCGCGCGUGUUCCGGUCGGCGCUGAGCUCGUGCUGCCCGCAGAGCCGCGCUCAUCUGUCCGUGGCCGUUAUCGGAGCGCCUUUCUCCAAAGGGCAGAAAAGGAGAGGAGUGGAGCUCGGACCCAAAGCCAUCAGAGAUGCGGGACUGGUGGAGAGACUGACCAGCUUGGAAAAUGCCGUGCAUGAUUUCGGAGACCUGAGUUUUGAACACCUGAAAGAGGACGACCGAUUCAUGAACAUUCCCUUCCCACGAACGGUGGGACAAGCCAAUCAGAUUUUGUCGGAUGCCAUGAGCAGAGCAGUGGGGGCGGGGCAUACAGCUGUCAUGCUGGGAGGCGAUCACAGCUUGGCCAUUGGCUCAGUUUCAGGCCACGCCCAGCAACGUCCAGAUCUUUGUUUGAUUUGGGUCGAUGCCCAUGCAGACAUCAACACUCCCAUGACCUCACCAUCUGGAAACCUCCAUGGCCAGCCAGUCGCGUUCUUGCUCAAAGAGCUGCAAGACAAGAUGCCAGUGGUUCCUGGUUUCUCCUGGAUGAAACCAAUUCUCUCAGCUCGAGACCUGGUGUACAUCGGCCUGAGAGACGUGGACCCGGGCGAGCAUGUUAUUCUGAAGAACCUGGGCAUCCAGUGCUUCACCAUGCGGGACAUCGACAGAAUGGGGAUGCAGAGGGUUAUGGAAGUUACACUCGAUCAUCUGCUGGCAAGGAAGCAGCGCCCCAUCCACCUGAGCUUUGACAUUGAUGCGUUCGACCCCACUCUGGCUCCGGCUACAGGAACUCCAGUGAAUGGAGGACUGACCUACAGAGAGGGAAUGUACAUCACAGAGGAGAUCCAUAACACAGGUUUGCUGUCUGCGAUGGACCUGGUGGAGGUGAAUCCGGCGCUGGGUGCGAGCUCCGAGGCCGUGGAGGCCACCGCCGGUCUUGCCGUGGACGUCAUCGCUUCGUCUCUGGGUCAGACGCGUGAGCUCCGACACCGAACAACUCGGCCUGUAGAGCCACGACGACUCGGACUCGGAACUGAAACGCAAAUCUGCUUGGCAUUCCAAAGUUUAAACCUAGACACGUAUGAACUAAAGAAAAUUAAACACUGAACAAGACAGAAACUACGAGUUUAAACCCUUUGGAGAGAGUGAACUACAAGUGCUUGGAGUGAGAAGAGUGGAAGGAGGGAGAGUGAGAGUGGUUCCCCCUCACACGGAAAAUGCACACGAAAAUUAUAGCAACAUGACUAACGCCAACUAAGACUGAAGGCUUGUAAAUACUCUACUACUUUGUUUCAAAGGACUGUUAACUGAUUUUAUGCAGAAAGCUGAAUUUUUAAUCUACCUACUGACUGUUUAAAAAAAAAAAAUCAUGAAUUUUCUUCCAUGUGAGACUCUCACUCGACAUGGCUACAUUUAACAGUCGAAUGUUUGUUUCAUCAUAAAUAAAUGAGUUAAUUUCA